AUGUCUUUUAGGGUCAAAUUCAACAGCAGCUCUGCUCCUCUAAGGGACCAAUUGACGAGCAGCAGCACUGGUCAUCAAAGGGGCUUCAGCAACAACACUUACGCUGGAUCAGGAUUUAGAAAACUCACCAGAAAAAGCUUUGCAGGCAGAGUCUUCAAUGAUACCAGAGCAUAUGGCCUCAGCGCGAUGCCAACGGCUGUCCAAACUCAUAACCCUGGAUACUCUUCCAUCUCGGUCCCAGGUACGGGCUGGACACGACAGUUGAGUGAAACUCCCGUCACUGCAGUCACUGUGAAUAAGAGCCUGCUGGUCCCCCUGAACGUUGAGAUUGACCCCACAAUUCAAGCCGUUCGCUCCCAAGAGAAACAACAGAUCCAGGUGCUCAAUGACCGCUUUGCCUCCUUCAUCGACAAGGUCCGCUCCCUGGAACAGCAGAACAAAAUCCUAGAGACCAAAUGGAGCCUGCUACAAAAGCAGACCAGCGUCCAAUCCAACAUCGAUGACAUGUUUAAAGCAUACAUCUCCAACCUCCACAGACAGCUGGACAUCCUGAGCAACGAGAAGAUGAAGUUGGAGGGUUACCUGUACAGCACGCAUGACCUGGUGGAGGAUAUCAAGAAAAAGUAUGAAGAUGAAGUCAGCAAGCGCAUGGAGUGUGAGAGUGACUUUAUUCUUAUCAAGAAGGAUAUGGAUCAAGCCUUCAUAAACAAGGCUGAGCUGGAGGCAAAGUUGGAUAGUCUGACAGAUGAGGUUGACAUCCUCAGGCUGAUCUAUGAGGAGGAACUGCGUGAGCUCCAGAGCCAGAUCAAGAACACCUCAGUCAUCGUGGAGAUGGACAACAGCCGCAAAUUGGACAUGGAUGCAGUCGUGGCUGAGGUCAAUGCGCAGUAUGAAGACAUCGCCAACCGAUCCCGUGCUGAAGCAGAGACAUGGUACAAAGCCAAGUAUGAGGAGAUGCAUACCAGCGCCAACAGAUAUGGAGAAGACCUACGGGCUACCAGAACACAGAUUGCUGAACUCAACAGCAAUAUUCACAUACUGACAUCCAAGAUUGGUGCAAUCAAGGGACAGUGCAGCAACCUGGAGGCCCAGAUUGCUGAGGCUGAGGAGCGCGGUGAGAUGGCUAUGAAUGAUGCCAAUGAUCGCAUCAAGGAGCUGGAGGAGGCACUGUGGAGAGCCAAGCAAGACAUGGCCCAUCAGAUCAGAGAGUACCAAGAUCUGAUGAACCUCAAACUGGCUUUGGACAUUGAGAUUGCCACCUACAGAAAGCUGCUGGAGGGAGAGGAGGACAGACUGGCAAACGGCAUCGAGGCUAUCACAAUCUCCCAACAGAGCUCAAAUUACAGCAGUUUCCCAAUGGACCGCAUGAAGAAAUACUCCAGCGGAUUCAGCAGGUUCUCCAGUGCUGGUGACGGCAGAGGCCUGGACAGCUUCACCAGUGGUAGUGACAGCAGUUACAACAUGACUCAAAGCCAGAAGAACCUAAUAAUCAAGACCAUUGAGACCAGUGAUGGCAAAGUGUUGUCUGAGUCCUCCAAGGUCAUUGGUGAUUGAGCUGGCUAGAUUAGAGGUGCAGCCACAGUUGGGGCCAAAAUUAUUCACCCCCCUGCCAGAUUUAAAUGAAAAUGUCUUUCUGAUAUAAAACAAGUCUUAAAAAUAACACAAUCUAAAAUUAGGAUAAAUUUAGGAAAAAGUAUUUGUUCUUUAUAUACACUUUCCCGGAAAAAUCACUUGUCAAACCUUAUAGCCUUUUCAAUAAUGCAAAAUCAUUAUUGUCAUUGCAACAGCAACAAAAACCUUCUUGCACCUGCCGAUUAGUUUUCUGCAUGUUUCCACUGGUUAUCUUUGGUGAUGAGUUCUAAGUCAUG